UGCUAAUGAUAUGGAAGACAUUGAAAAAUUGGCAACAAUCAGGGUAGAAGGUAGGGAUAAUAGAUUGUGGCUAAUUUAAAAGUGCCGUUGUCACAACGUUUGAAAUUACAAUACUGAAAGGGUCUAGUGAUCUGGUUUAUUGGAUUAAUCGAGUGAAAAAUGGCCGACGAUGAUUGGUUCGCAAGUAUGGAUGAUGAACCGGAACCAGAGCCCGAACCAGCGGCGAAAGCUCCAAAAGCCGGUGGUGCAAAAGCUGCUGGAGAUGCUGCCCAAGCACAAGCGGAGGCCGCCGAGGGUGGCGAAGAAGAGAAAGCCCCAGAAGAAGAAGCUCCUGCUGAGGAUGAAUAUCUUGAUCCUGACAAGCUUAUUCUAUUCAAACAUUGGAUAAGGCCGAAAUUCCUUCAGUACAAAUAUCUUUAUGAUUAUCGACAUAAUUACUAUAAUGACGUCAUCGACUAUUUGGAUAGAAAAGGCCGAGGUUUUAGUUCAGAAAUUCCAAGACCUCAAACAUGGGCAGAAAGAGUACUACGUACUUAUAUCAGUAAGAUAGACAAGCUAGAGGCUUAUAGGAGAGAGAUAGAGGAGAAACUCGAAAGGGCGAAAAGAAUUGAAAAGAGAACUAGGAGAUCAACCUUCAUUUCUUACCAUUCGAAGGAAUACAUGAGCAGAAGGAUAACAUCUACGCUAUGAACGAAUUUUUAAGAAUUGGAUCAUCACUGGAAAAUAAUGGUUCUUCAUUUAACAGGAAAAUGGAAAAGUAGAAUGGAAUGGAUAAUUCCACUUUGGGAAUUGAGUACUGACUAUUAUACAGUUCAGUUAGUUAAGUUCCUAAAAUACAGUUGUUCCUUUAACAAGAUUCAAUUAUUAUUCUGUUAUUUACUUAUGUUUUUAUUGUGAUUGUAGUUUUGGAAAAAAAUUAAAAGAAAUUUCAGAA